UCCAACAACGAACGAUCUCAGUCUAGGAACCUCCAAGGUCUUCCCUUUUUGCAGUUUUUAAACGUGGGUCAAUUUUGUAUUUUGCUUUCGGAGUCAUGGGGUCUGAAGAUUCUGAGACGAAUUUGAAGCCUGUUGUGAUUCGAGAAGUUUGGUCCAGUAAUCUGGAGGCGGAGUUCGAGUUGAUGCGUGAAGUGAUUGAUCGUUUCCCUUUUAUCUCCAUGGAUACGGAAUUUCCAGGGCUGGUUUUUAAAUCAACGGGGCCGUAUAAUCGCGAAACACGGCAGUACGAUCACUACAAGAUGCUAAAAUCCAACGUUGACGUGUUGAACCUCAUCCAAGUGGGUCUUACCUUCUCCGAUGCUUCCGGUAAUCUUCCAGAUCUGGGCACGGAGACCCAAUUCAUAUGGGAAUUCAACUUCUCCGACUUUGACGUCGCCCGCGACUCUCACGCCCCCGACGCUAUCGACCUGUUGAGACGACAAGGGAUUGAUUUUGAGAGGAACAGAGAAGAGGGUAUCGACUCGUUCCGGUUCGCUGAGUUGAUGAUGUCAUCGGGCUUGGUGUGCAACGACUCAGUGAGUUGGGUCACGUUCCACAGCGCCUACGAUUUCGGUUACCUGGUGAAAAUCCUAACCCGGCGGGCUUUACCGGAGGAGUUGGAGGGGUUUCUGAGCCUUCUCCGGGUCUUGUUCGGGGACAAUGUUUAUGAUCUGAAGCACAUGAUACGGUUCUGCGAGAGCUUGUACGGUGGGUUGGAUCGAGUCGCCCGGACACUCGACGUGAGUCGAGCGGUUGGGAAGUGCCACCAGGCCGGGUCGGAUUCGCUGUUGACAUGGCACGCGUUUCAAAAGAUGAGAGAUGUUUAUUUUGUAAAGGACGGGCCGGAAAAGCAUGCCGGCGUCUUGUAUGGUUUAGAAGUAUAUUAACGUUUUGUUAAUUGUAAUUCAAUAAUAACAAAAUCCUAUUUAAUUGAUUUGUGAAGAUCAAGUUGUAUAUUGAUUGUUUUAUACUCCUACAAAGUUUCAGGCAAUAUUCCAAGAUUUCACGGUGCUUUUUUUCCCAACAUGUAUCUACCUGUUUCCAAUAGGUUACUUCUAACACAAAAGUUCCAUUAGGAGAAGGGACUACAGAAUGAAGGAAAAGGGAUGGCAAUGGGUCCCAUGGAGGUGGAGACUCCCCCGUCCCCCAUUUUUGCCAAUGAUAAGUACAGGAAUUCUCAUGGGGAUUUUUUACGAAAGGUAAGAAAUAACUUCCAUCCCCAUACUCAUGGGGAAUGAUAAAUCCCUGUGGUUAUU